CCGGAAGGAACUGUUGUUUUUGUUUGCGGUCAAAAAAUGUCUUCGAGUUUAACGUUUAACUAGAUGGAGCUUAAAGCGCUUGUGCUGCUUUUGAGUGCUUUGUGCUUGAGUGAUCUGACUUCAACACAGGACAGCUGUGGGAAGCGGCUCCUGGUCGCCGCCCCUGGUGCAUUUCGUAUAGUGGGGGGGCGGGAGGCUCCUGAGGGGGCUUGGCCCUGGCAGGUCAGCAUCCAGAUCCAGUCCAGGCACCACUGUGGUGGGACGAUCCUCAGCAAUCUCUGGGUGCUCACAGCCACACACUGCUGCCACAAAUACCUACGGAUCAUCAAAAGCCAUUUCCGUGUGGUGGCAGGACUUAAUGUGCUAUCUGGUCCUGGAGAUCAAACCCAGAUCCGCUCCGUCAGGGAAGUCAAGAUGCACAAGGACUACAAUGGCAUCACGUCUGACAACGAUGUGACACUCUUACUCCUCAGCUCUCCCUUAAACUUCACUGACCACGUCCAACCUGUCUGCACUCCUCAUAAUUUGGCUCAUGAGUUCAUCCUCAACUUCAGCCACUGUUUCAUCAGUGGAUGGGGGAGCCCCAGUUACGGAGGCAGACUGAUGAACAGAUUGCAGGAAGCUGAGGUGGAGCUCAUCGACAGGACUAAGUGUAACCUGAUCACCUGGUACAACGGCAUCAUCACUGAAAACAUGAUCUGUGCUGGACUGGAGAGCGGGGCGGCUGAUUCCUGUCAGGGGGACAGCGGGGGGCCCCUGCAGUGUUACAGCGAGGACGAGGACAGGUUUUAUGUGGUCGGAGUCACGAGCUUCGGGCACGAGUGUGGACUUCCUCACAAGCCGGGGGUGUACGCCAGAACCAGCAGGUUUGCAGGUUGGCUGAAGGCGAGUCAGGGAGCAUCAGUGUCUGCUGCACGCAGACUGAACACGAGACUGAUAUCAGCUUUGCUCAGCGCUGCUCUGACGCUGCUCUGAAUCCUCAUGCAGUCUGUCGGCAAUAAAUAUCACUGCUAACAUA